AUGGUCACCGCUAACGACAAGGCCGCUGACGGACAUAUCGAGGCUGUCUCUGAGGCUCGUCUGUCCGAUGACAUUCAGAAUGAGAAGGGGCAACUCGAUCACGAGCGUGCCCGCGAGCUCGCCGUUGCCUUCGAUCCCAACAGCCCGGAGAACAAGGCUCUCGUCCGGAAGAUCGACUGGCGUCUCGUCCCUUGCUGUUGGACAUUGUAUCUUCUUAGUAAUGUCGAUCGAAGCAACAUCGGGAAUGCCAAAAUCGGUGGACUCGAGGAUGACUUCAACCUUACGUCUAACCAGUACUCAAUAAUUGUUCUUGUUUUCUUUAUCAGCUACAUGAUUUGCGAGGUUCCUUCGAAUAUGAUCCUCAACCGAGUACGGCCUUCAGUCUACCUACCCAGCCUGGCUGUCUUAUGGGGUGCGGUCGCGACUUGCAUGGGAGCCGCUCAGAAUCAAGGCCAGCUCAUCGCUAUGAGGUUUCUGCUUGGUCUAUUCGAGGCGGGUUUCGCACCUGGCUGUGCCUUCUAUCUCUCCUCCUGGUACCGCAAGUAUGAGCUCGCCUCACGCUACGCCUGGCUUUAUACCUCGGUCGCCGUGGCGGGAGCGCUAUCUGGUCUCCUUGCCGGCGUUAUCACCGAGUAUAUGGACGGAGCUGGAGGGAUCAGAGGAUGGAGGUGGCUCUUCAUCCUCGAAGGACUAGCAUCCGUGCUGGUCGGCGUCAUCGUCUACUUCGUCAUGCCAGACUACCCGACGUCAACCAAAUCCAAGUUCUUGACCGAAGAGGAAAGAAUCCUGGCUUGCAACCGUCUCGCUGUCGACGGCAUCGGUCUGACGCAGGGUGCCCAUACGAAAGUCGGCGAAUGGCAGGCGUUCAAGAUGGCCUGCACCGACUGGCGCACUUGGAUGCUGUGCUUACUUUUCGUCUUGGGCACUGGCUCCCAGACCAUGCAGUACUUUGUUCCAUCGCUGGUGAAGGAAUUCGGCUGGGAAGGCCACACCGCGCAAUACUACACGAUCCCGUCUUAUGCCUUUGCGGUUGUCUGCAUCCUCGGUGCCUGUUUCCUUGCUGACCGGCUCAAGACUAUCUGGCCCGUCCUCGCAGGCCUGUCCGGCAUCGGCUUCAUCUUCUUCGUGGCUACUACCGUCGUCGAGGACGGCAUGACGCGCUACGGCCUCGCCAUAUUCGCUUUCGGCACCAUCUACGGCUGUUCACCUCUGGUCAAGACGUGGAUCUCGCACGUCAUCAGCCAUCCGGCAGAUAAGCGCGCCAUCUGCAUUGCGCUCAUCAACGGCAUUGGCAAUGGAAGCUCCAUUUACGGAUCGUUCUUGUGGCCGAAGUGGGAUGCCCCGCAAUAUCUGAUUGGCUUUGGGUAA